UUUUUUUAUUUUCUUUCUUCGUCGCUUUGAUGACUGUUGUUUUGGCGCCGGUGGUGAGCGGAUGGAAGUAGUGAUGAGGAAGAAUGAUGAUAUGAGAGAGAGAGUAGGGGGGGUUAGGCCGGCCAGGCAGGCAGCGGGCACAAGCAGGCGGGCGGCAUGGCCAGUGCGACCCGCCUGUUUGGGCAAGGCGCUGCGCUGCGCUGCCUAGCUUACCCGGCGCGGAACGGGCUGGCUGGCUGGCUGGCUGGCUGGCUGGCUGGCUCUGUAAUCUAUCUCUCUCUACUGUCUCUACUGUACCCAUUUACUGUACUAACUGUGUGUGUGCCCAUGCAUCUAAUCAACAGUGCUCUGCUGCUGCUUGUUUGCUUGUCUUUCUUGUCUGCCAACUUUGCGCGCGCCCGCCUUUCUUUUGCACUGACUGACUGACUGACUGACUGGCUGACUGCUACGUGCCCUUGCUCUGUGCUUUUUUUCUUUUCUUUCUUUCUCUAAUUCUUUCUCUCCACUCCCUCUCUUGUCCUCCAUUCGCUCAAAACUCCCUCCCUCCUACUCAUCCACACGCGCGCGCGCACACACACUACUCUUACCCACUCCACCCUAAAACACAGGGCCUCGUCAUCCACCCGCCUCCGACUCCCCAUCGCUGCUUGGCCCUGCCCACUUCCUCCGCCCUGCCUGUUUCCUUCCCUCUUUUCUCCCCAAUUCGUCAUCAUCAUCCUACCACUCCGUCUGUCUCUCUAUCCACACCCCCCAGCCAUUGCAUCGCCUCCUCCCAACCUUUUCCUUUAAACCCCCCCGUCCAUCCAUCCACCCAUCCUUCUCCACCCCCGGUCUCUGUAUCUCAACCAAAGAUACAUCCACUGUCGCUGCCGCUGCAUUCUUUUCCAUUCUGCUGCUUCCCACUUCCUCCCUCUCCGCUCGCUGCGUCGCAUCCUUCCCGCACUUGCAUGCCCCAACGCCCGACCAGCUGCUCACCACGCACCCGCCGGUGCCCGACACCUGCAAAUCAUGCUUCCCUCAUCGCCAUCAUGGGCGACAAUAAUGCAUUCGCUGGCCUUGCUGGCUCCGCUCACUGCCGCACAAUCAAUCUCCCUCUCCAUACAACCUAAACGGGCUGGUGCCGCCGUCUCCGACAAUCUGAGUCCCUCUUUCGCUGGCUUCGGUAUUGAGCCCUCGAACCUCUUCAGCUUCACCGGAAACGAUAACCCAAACAACUUCACCAUCCAGCUGCUGCAGAACUUGGCCGACUACUCCGGCGCCCCGCCCCAUAUCCGCCUAGGAGGAAACACCCAGGAUUACAUGCUCUACAAUGAGUCGUACACUAAAUUCGGCUGGGAGAAGAACCCGUCGUCCAUCGGCAAAGGCGCCAUCGCCUCCGACAGCAUGAUCAUCGGCCCCGGAUUCUUCAAGGCCAUCGAUCGCUUUCCUGAGGGCACCUGGGUCACCUACGGCCUGAACCUCGCCUACGAUGGCUCCGACGCUGGCGACCUCCGUGUCAAGAUGGCCCAGGCCGCCGUUGACAACCUCAAAAACACCCAGUUGUACUCAUUCGAGAUCGGCAAUGAGCCCGAUCUGUGGCUGCAGAAUGGUUUCCGCACCGGAGCUUGGGACGGCAAAGCCUACACGGCUGCUUUCCUCGACGCCGCCGAUGACAUCUACAAGCAGGUCUUGAAGCCUGCCGGCCUUCCCGCCAUGUUUUUCGAGCCGCCUGCCACCGCCUCCACUAUCGGCAACACGUUCGAGAUUACCCAGCUGACCAACAACGGCUUGUUGGGCGAAAGGGAUGGUAAUUACUACGUCGGUUGGUGGAACCAGCACGACUACUUCCAAUUUAUCGGUGUAACCACGGAGCCAAUCACACUCGACAACUUGAUGAACCUCGACUCCACCAAUGUUCAGUUCCAAUACUGGGAGAAGCAGAUCAAGAUUGCCCUCAGUACCGGUGUUCCCUAUGUUCUGCGAGAGAUGAGUUCCGUCGGCCCCAUCGGCAUGCACAUGGUCUCCGACACCUUCGGCGCUGCUCUCUGGACUCUCAACUUCUUCCUCUACACGGCCACUCUCAACGUUACGUCGGUGCAGAUGCACAUGACUGACAACUCCAACGCCAGCGCCUGGCAGCCCACUGACCACUACGGCGAGCCCGCUCAUGUCCGACCCCAGUACUACGCCCAUGCUGCUGUUCACCAGAUCAUCGGCAACGGCAACGGAACCACGCAGAUUGGUGCUCUCGACAUCGGCAAGGUCAGCAGUGACUACACGGGCCGCAUCCGUGCCUACUCCGCCUAUGCCAACGGAAACAUCCAAUCCGCCGUGCUCAUCAACAGCAAGCCCGGUACCUCCGGCUCUUAUACGUUCAACCUCAACUUUGGUGCCGAGAACGCCAACAAGAAGAUCUACCUCUCCUACCUUACCGCCGACUCCCACACAGCUCUCUCUGGUACUACGUGGAACGGCAUAUCAUUCGAUGACAAAACAGGCAAAGCAUCCAUCGUGGACGAUUCUCUCAGUGUUCAAACGCUCGACGGCUCCGGGCAGGUCGGCAUACAGGUGCGCGAUUCCCAGGCCCUGGUAGCCAAUCUCGAUUGGCAGCUCGGUAGCAACGAGGUCAUUAAGCAGGACGGCUCCGCCACUGCCGGCAGCCGUAGAAAGAACAGCAGCGCCUCGACGACUAGCACCUCCACCAUGGCCAUGUUGAUCGGAGCUGUAUCCAUGAUUUUCAUAUGUUUUGCAUAAGGCGCUGUAACUGCGCUUGCCUUCCUGUUCGCAUCUCUUUGUCCUGAAUGUCGUUUUCUUUUGUUCUCGCGUUUCUUGAGCCACACAUCUUUCCUUCUGUUCACAAGCAGACCAUUGCAUGACCGGCGUUUUUUGACUUUUGGCGCCUCGGAUCACAGCCUGCGUUUCCGCGCUUUUGGUGCGCUUUUUUGCUUUUCUCUUGUGCGGCUAGAUGUUUUCCUACACAUUGUUCAUUUGUUGAAGCUGACGCUGGAAUGGGGCAAAGGCGCCAGCAGAUUUUGGAAAGUGCCGCAGACGGGAACCAGAAGCCGACAGAAUCUGGGGUUGUAUAUACUAAUUCCCCCCAGAUGGCUUCAACGCAUAGGAUGGGAUGGAGUAAUAUGGGUCUAUAUUAUAUUCUGGUUGAUCACGAUUUGGAAAAGAAACACACCCUCUCCAUUAUUCUGGCGACGCGGCGAUUAGGAUUGGUUCCACUCAGGGCCGUCUUGUCGCCUGCGCCUGCUCCCUCUCCCUCGUACAUAUAUACAUAGAUAGCAUGAUAUAUAUGGAUUCCUUAUUUCCAACUCGGUCUUGAUGAUGUGACUGCGUCUGGAUUAUGUGUUGGUUCUGCACCCUCUCGCACAUUUCCUUUAUACUUUCUGCGUAGUAUCUGUCAGUACACAGUUUCGCCUUGCUCCCAGUUCCCCUUCCAAACAAUGAGCAACCAUCCGAAGCAGCACAUGUCGAUGCCUUUCCCUCUCUCCUCCUAAAUAUAUGAAAACAAGUUCCCAAAACGUUCGAUGCGUUCAUCACCCACGUAUAGGUGGUAAGACACUCGAUUUCAAGUCGUUGUUGUUGGAUCCUAGGGAAACGGGAAGGGGAGUAUGUAGAUAAAGAGGGAUUUUUUUUCUUUUUCUUUCAGUCGUAUUGUGUUGUACGAUUCUCU